GAGGAGAUCAACCCUUUACAAAUAGCCUCAGAACAUCUACACCGCUUUACAUACUCUCUCUAUUCUCUCUCUCGUUUUCAAUAUUCUCUGAGCAACUCCAGCACCGCCGCCACGAAACGUCAACACCUAAACCCCAAACCCACCAAUUCCCCAUCCCAAUUUCGCCGGACGAUACCCAAAUUUCCUAAUUUUUUUAUAACCCAAGUGUUCGGAUCAGCAUACUCGCACUCCUAAUUUUCCAAUCCGAUGCUGCCCUGUUCCGAUAGAACAUCGUCGGAAGCACUCAAACCCCUGAAAAAACCCAAAACCCCAGACUUAGACCGCAAAAACUCGUUCAACUCAAUUCAAGCCUACCUCUCCCUACAGUGCCUACACCACCCCCGUACAUGGCUCAUCCUCGCCGUUUUCUUCCUCCAAAUUGUCCUCCUCCUCAUGGCCCGCUCCAUCCCGGCUUCCGUCCCCCGCGCCCGCCGUCACUUCCCCGCUCCCUCCACCCCCCCCGCCGCAGCCGCCAACCCGCUAUGCACCGCCACGGUCUACGUAUACGACCUCCCACCCAUUCUAAACACCGACUUGCUCAGAAACUGCAGCGAAUUAAACCCCUGGGUGUCAACGUGCGAGGCCUAUUCAAACAACGGGUUCGGCCGGAAAGCCGCGGGGCUAAGCGGCAUCGUGCCGGAUAAUUUAACCCACGCGUGGUACUGGACGGACCAGUUCGCUUUGGAGAUAAUUUACCACAACCGGAUGGUGAAUUACAGGUGCAGAACUCUUGAGCCGGAGUCGGCUACGGCGUUCUACAUCCCGUUCUACGCCGGACUCGCGGUGGGGAAGUACCUGUGGUUGAACUACACCGCCGAGGACCGCGACCGCCACUGCCGGACGAUGGUGGAGUGGGUCCGGGACCAGCCGCACUGGAACAGAUCCAACGGCUGGGACCAUUUUAUCACGAUGGGAAGAAUCUCAUGGGAUUUCCGCCGGUCUCAGGAUACGGACUGGGGGUCCAGCUGCAUAUACUUGCCCGGGAUGAGAAACGUUACACGGCUCCUGAUCGAGAAGAAUCCCUGGGACUACUUCGACGUCGGUGUGCCCUACCCCACCGGAUUCCACCCCUCCACGGCCUCCGACGUCGCGACGUGGCAGGACUUUGUCCGGACGCGCAGGCGCACGACGCUGUACUGCUUCGCCGGCGCGACGCGUGGGUUCAUCAAGAACGACUUCAGAGGCUUGCUUCUGAGUCAAUGCUACAACGAUUCUGAAUCCGGUUCGUGUCGGGUGGUGGACUGCGGCGGAUCGAAGUGCGCGAACGGGUCGUCGGCGAUCCUGGAGGCGUUCCUGGGCUCGGACUUCUGCUUGCAGCCGAGGGGGGACAGUUUUACGCGGCGGUCGAUAUUCGACUGCAUGGUGGCCGGUUCGAUCCCGGUUUUCUUCUGGAAGCGGACGGCUUACUACCAGUACGAGUGGUUCCUGCCGGGUGAGCCGGGGAGUUACUCGGUUUUUAUGGACCGGAACGCGGUUGCGAACGGGACGUCAUCGAUCAGGGGUGAGCUUGAGAAAAUCAGCAGGGAGGAGGUGAGGAGGAUGAGAGAGAAAGUGAUCGAGUACAUACCGAACGUUGUGUACGCGAAGCCUGGUGAGGGUUUGGUGGGGAUUAGGGAUGCGUUUGAUGUUGCCGUUGAUGGGGUGCUUAGGAGGAUCAAGAAACAAGAGGGAGGAUAUAAGUGGUAAAGCAAGUUGUUGUAUACAUAAUUUAUUUUUAGUUUGGAAUUACUUGUACAAAGAUCUGUUACGUUAAAUUUGUUAUUUUUUAAGUAUUACUCCCUCCGUCCCAA